AAAUAGCAGUAGCGUCAUCGCAAGUCUACUUUGAUUCUUUGAUUCCCUGACCCGCGAGAUACAAUCCUCAAAUCCAAUUUGUAAUUACAAACCCUAAAUCAGUCUCAAAUUCUUGCAAUUCAAACCACCUCUCUGCUUACUAAAUUCUGCCUGAUAACCCAAAAGAUCGAAUCCCUUAACUGGACAUGAAAAUUGAGUAUGAAGUUUGAAGAAAAUUCAACCUUUACCGCAAGAGGCUCGUAUUUCGUAUAAAGUAUCAGUUUCGCUUUGUAUAGUGGUCUGCUAGGGACUCACUGACUUAGCAGACUUGAGCAAGACAGCAUGGUAAGCACUUUUAAUCCGCAGAUACUGGUUGACAAGCUGUUAAAGCUCAACAGCUCGCAGCAAAGCAUUGAGACUCUAUCACACUGGUGCAUUUUUCAUAUGAACAAAGCAAAACAAGUCGUAGAAACAUGGGAUAGGCAGUUUCAUUGUGCUCAUCGUGAGCAGCGCCUGCCUUUUCUAUAUCUUGCAAAUGACAUUCUCCAGAACAGCAGACGAAAGGGUGCAGAGUUUGUUGCAGAGUUUUGGAAGGUUCUACCAGACUCUCUUCAUGAUGUUAUUGAACAUGGAGAUGAAAAUGCAAAGAGUGCUGCUUUACGCCUGAUUAGUAUCUGGGAGGAGAGAAAAGUAUUUGGCUCGAGAGGCCAAAUUCUCAAAGAAGAGUUUGUAAAGAGGCAAUUGGACAAUGGCAAUAAUACUCGGAACCUUAGCGGACCUAAAGUGCAGCCAGCUGGCGGGAAUCUAUUGAAAAAACUAGUUUCUGGUUAUGAAGCUGUAUCUAGCAGUCAUUUGGAUGAGGAUGCCAUUUUCAGAAAAUGUAGAAAUUCUAUAACCAUUGUUGAAAAAGUGGAUAAAGAAUUCGACAGUGGUUCUCGACUAGGCCAUGUUAAGGGUGGUGUUGGCGAUGAGCUCAAGGAGCAGCAUGCAGUUCUGAGGGACUGCAUCGAGCAACUCGCUGUUGUUGAAUCUGCUAGAGCAAAUCUUGUGUCUUUGUUACAGGAAGCUCUACAGGAGCAGGUUUAUAAGCUGAGCCAAGUUCGAGAUCAACUUUGGGGAUAUAAGAUGCUCGGAAGAUGCUGA